AUGCUACCCAAGGUCGCAACCCAGCUCCUCCACAGCACUUCUCGGGCAGCUGUCGCGGCCCAGAACCAAUCCCAUCAUACACUCCGCAAUGUCCUCCAUUCCUCAUCCAGCUCGUCACCCGCGGGUGCCCGCGCGGGACCCAGCUCGAGUGGGGGGUCGAGCAAUGGGCCUGGGCCGGGAGGUCAAAAGUACACCGGCAGUCGUUUCCAGUCGGGCUACGGCGGCGCUGGUCGCGCGGUGACGCAGGCUAACGCCAUGUCGUCGCAGGACACAAGCGUCGCGCCGACCGACGAGGAAGAACAGGAUUUGGUCAUAUCCCACCGUGUCUCGUUGAACACCUCCUCGCGCAAACGCCCGCGUAGCUACAGCCUCUCCUCCUCGUCUUCUCCCUCCCCGAACGCGCCGCCGGCAGGCAUCCUCAAGACUGUGCAGUUGCAUGCGCGGUCAAGGCACGCUUUCACAGCGGCGCUUUCCCCAGACGAACAGGACGCAGCAGUCGCACCCCCUGCGCCGGCUCUGGUUCGUAGAAACUCGACAUCGAGUUCGCCUCCGUCUCCCCGUCUGGUUGCCGCCGAAGAGGCUGCAGCUCUUCCUCCACUGCAUUCCUCGGCAACAGCGCCUCUCCCUCCGCUCUCCGCCACCGCUCUAGAUUCUGCAGACCCCGCUGCUCCUCAAACAGUGGAGCCUCCCCGUCCUCCGCCGGAAUCAGCAGCCGUGCAUGCCAUCCGUCGUGCGCAGAUGGCAGGCAGUGUGAAUGGUGUUGCGCAAGCUAUUAGAGAACACCUUGUUGACACGUCUGCUUCUCUUUCCGUCCGGGACUUCAACAUAGCGAUCGAAGCGCUGCGGGAGGCACGGCAGAAAGAUCAGUCGUUGACUCUGCUACUGCAGACGUACGGUUCAAUGCUCAAGAAAGGUGUCCUGCCCAAUCUGCAGACUUACGUCGAGCUCAUACUGGCCAUCGGGGACCGCGACAACGAGAUCCAUACGGCCAUUACCGCAAUACGUUCACGCGGGCCAGUCUCCAAGUCCAACGCGCAGAAGAUUGAGCGCCUGCAGGCCGAAAACACGUUUGACUCUGCGAUGAAGCUGUUUGAGACGAUCAACACGCCUGAAUACUUGAAGUCGCUCGAUGCAGCCGUUCAUGUCUUGACUGCUCUGGAACGAACUCAACUCACCCCGUCUGCGGCGGUCUUCCGACAUAUGAUCAGAGUCUAUGCGACGCCCACAAGCGUCGACAAUGCUGAAAUCAUCUUCAAGGAUUUCUUGGACCGUGCUUCGUCUGGAAAGUUGCUCUGGAAGGCCCCGGCUAUCGACAUAGACCAGUCACGGCGCCAAUACCUACAGGUCUACAACGAAAUGGUCUCCACGUACUUUGUUGCUGGUCGGCCCGACAAGGCCGUUGAGCUCCUCGAACGGAUGAUGUCCUCCACUGCAGCACCGGAAUUCGCGCAAGCGGACACGCCUCAUCCAGCGCCUUCGACAUACACUGCGAUCAUUUCUGGGUUUAUUCGCUCUGGGGACCUCGACACCGCCAUCACAUGGUUCCAGCGUUUGCUGGCUCAGCAGACAGUCGCCGGGAAACCGUUCGAAUGUUCUACGGCAGUGCUUCGACCCGACGGUGUUGCGUGGCAUGCGAUGAUCGAGGCAUUGGGCGAUGCUGGCCGACUUGACGAACUCAAUGAACUUUUCCUGACGCUACUGGAAUGUGCACCGAACGACCAACUUACGAUCCGUGACGCUGACCGAGAAAUCGUGUAUGUGGCGAACGUCCGUGUUCUCUCCCAGCUUUCGCCCGAGCAACUGGUCUCCACCACAAUGUUUUUGGCCAAUCACGUGGUUGCCCCGCAUAUGGACGUGCUUCAGCUCGCAAAACCGCUCUGGCAAGCACUUGUGUCGGCUGGGCUCUUCCAGGAAGCAUUGGCUGUCUCGAAGCAAUUAGGUGUCAGCACGGGUGAUGUCGCUCAUACGAUAUUGCAGUCAAAGGAGUCACUCUCGUUUGAUUUUGUGCUCGGAUUGACGCGACUGGGACGUUCAUCGAACCUGCUGAGCAACUCGGUGCGGAUUCUGCACACGUAUGGUCAGGCGCGCGCUGCUGCCGGGAGCGCAGAGGAGCUGGCGGCCUCGCACGCGAUGACGGUUCAGGAUUGGACUCUUCUCUUGGAAUGCGCUGUGAUGAACGAGAUCUCGAGUGCAUCACGGCCCAAGGGCUAUGCGUUCAAGGGCCUUGUCAGUCUUCUCGAAGAUAUGGCAUCUGCCGGCUCUACACUGAUCCAUGUCCCCGCUACUCUCUCUCGCCGUGUUGCGAAGACUGUGUUCGUGAAGAGGGGCGCAGAGGGUGUCCAACAGAUCUUUGCACAGCUUGGGGCUGGGUUCGUCCAGGUCCUCGAUGGGAUGGAGGGUUUGGAUGCUCCAGCUUCGGCGUCUCCAACGAUCUCGAGUGCAGGCAGCCAUUUGUCGGCUGAGACGGCGCUCACCUCCGAGCCUGAGCAGCGGUUGACAUUCGACAAGAACUUCUCUCAACAGCUCGAGGAGAAACUGUCACAGCCUACGAGCCGGGAGCGAACUCUCGAAGCCGAUGCGUUCUUCCACGCCUCGUAUGCGCAGGGUGUUGUUCCUACGCCGUUCGCUGUGGGGCGCCUGAUCCAGAGCCUGGGUCGGAUUGGUGCUGUGGACCGGGUGCGGGAGGCAUACACUGCCGCACAGGCGGUGCUGCACUUGCUGGAAGGAAACAAACGCGCGCAGAGCACUGCGUGGUUCGCCGUCGAGAACAGCAUGAUCGUCGGGCUGGCACACGCAGGGGACCUGGAGAGCGCGCACGUGCACCGCAUGCGGAUCCUCGAGCUCGGUGGCGCGCCCACUGCUGAUGCGUAUGGCGCGCUGAUUCUGUACGUCAAGGACACGACGGACGACACGAGUAAUGCACUGGCCCUGUUCCACGAGUCGCAGACGCACCAGGUUGUGCCCAACUUGUAUCUCUACAACAACAUCAUCUCGAAGCUCGCAAAGGCCCGCAAGGCUGACCACGCAUUGCAGCUGUUCGAGGAGAUGAAGACGCACAAGCACACCCAGCCGAGCUCGAUCACCUAUGGCGCGGUCAUCGGUGCCUGUGCGCGAGUGGGCGAUGUCGAGUCGGCGGAGAAUCUGUUUGCGGAGAUGAUCGCAUCGCCUCUUUACCGGCCGCGCGUGCCGCCGUUCAACACGAUGAUGCAGCUUUACACGACGACCAGACCGAACCGCGAACGGGCGUUGCAUUACUACCAGCAGAUGAGACAGUCCCGGGUCUCGCCGUCUGCCUAUACAUACAAGCUGCUGAUGGAUGCUUACGGGCGGAUUGAGCCGGUCGACAUCCCGAGGAUGGAGCAAAUCUGGGAAGCUCUGCGGCAGGACCCGACGGUGGACAUCCAGGGCAACCACUUUGCGACGUUGAUCAAUGCCUACGGCUGUGUCCAGAAAGACCUCGACAAGGCGCUGUCCGUGUUUGCGUCGAUUCCGUCGAUUCCAGGUGCCCCGCCACGUGACGCAUUGGUUUUCGAGGCUGUGAUCAACACGCUCGUCGCGCACCGGCGCACAGACUUGAUGCCGCAGUACGUCGGGAUGAUGCACCGGGAGGGCGUGCACAUGACAGCAUACAUCGCCAACUUCCUGAUUAAGGGCUACGCGGAUGUCGGUGACAUGGACCAGGCGCGGCUGAUCUUCGAGAGUCUCGUCGACCCGCCGAGCGGCGUUGCGGCCGUCGGCAACCACGCCCCCCACGAGCCGAGUGUGAUGCCCAUGAUCGACCCCGCGGAACCUGUCUACCGUGAGCCGUCGACCUGGGAGGUCAUGGUCCGUGCUGAGUUGGGGUGCGGAAUGCGCGAAAACGCGAAUGCGCUCCUGGAGAGGCUCGCGACGAGGUGUUACCCUGAGGCUGUGUACAACCGCAUCAGCGGCAUCCUCGUUGACCACUCGACCGUGGUUUGAUCUGCCUCCAUCCAUCUCAUCCGUGUAUCUCUAGUCAACCAAGUAGAUGUAUAUGUAUAUUAUCGACGGCAUUUAAAAAGUAGAAUAGCUUCGAGUGAUCGAGGAUUUGAUGGUUUAACGUGCAGUACUUGGCAGGCACUGGCAGUCUACUUGAAUCCAAUGCAAAGCAAUGCUGGUAUUGGUACAAAUGCAGGGUGAUAAUAAUACAAUAGAUGUCCAUCGUGAUACUCAACGCGCCCAAUCCAGGUCACCCAGAUCGUCCUCUGGCAGGUCAGCCCAGCUGAUUCGAUCCACUUUCUCAACGACGCGGGAAAAGGAUCGCAGGAUGGGCGCGGCAUAUCACAAACUGCGCCCAGUGAGCUGUCCUCGUCCGACUCAUCCUGCUCCUGCACCACAUCAAGCGGCCUGUGUUUCAUCCCCAGACGGUACACCGGGAUCU